AAAAGAACACAAUAUACAUACCCGUCAUAAUCUCAACAAGCAUCUGUCUGCCGUGCAUAUCGUUGAUCUUAUUCUGCGAACUUCACUGCGGCGAUAAAUCAAACACCUAAGCGACGAUUCUUUGUAUCGAAGGCCGAUAACCCCAGACUAACUCAGUCAAUCUCCUUUUAUUAAAAUGCAAAGCAUAAGAAGCUCCAUCUUGAGCCAUAUGAGGCUUAGAGCUUUUGCCCAGCAGCGGUCGUUAAGAGGCAAUGUGUUCAAGCCACUGCAGCGGCAAAUGUGUAUAUCAAGCGCCACCAGUCCUGAUCAAGUCAUGGAUCGGGUGAUAGGAUUGGUUAAGAAGUUUGAUAAAAUUGAUGCCAGUAAGGUGACAGAAACAGCUAAUUUUCAGAAAGAUUUGUGCCUGGACAGCUUAGACAGGGUGGAGCUUGUUAUGGCCUUUGAGCAAGAAUUUUCCAUUGAAAUCCCUGAUGAGCAAGCGGAUAAGCUUAGUUGUUGUGCUGAUGUCGCAAAAUAUAUAUUUUCUGGAGGUGAGCAGAAAACUUCUGAAUCCUGAGUCAACUGUUGAUUGUAGGAUUCAGUUUUACCUCUUGGAUGAUAUAUCAUGUAGACCAUUUGUGUUUCAAUUACUUUGUCACUCUUUGAUCUGAUAUUGGCCAAACGUGUAAAAGCUCAAAUGUUUCUCUUUUUAUACUGUGCUUGGUUAUUUCAGGACUGGAGAUUUUCUGACAUAAA